AUGGGCGGAAGCGUCCUCACCGUUUUCACAGCGGCAGCAGCUGCUGUAGGAAGUGCAACCUUUUUUCGCAGGGGCUGCUACUGCCUUCCCCGGGAGAAGGAUUUUCUGGCUCAAAGGCGCACCAGGCAUCCCCUGCUUGGCAGGCAUUGGCUUGCGAUUGUGCCGCAGGUAGUCUCAACUUUCUUUUGCGAAGAAGAAGUAGCCUUCUGCGGCUGGUUUUCGCUGGAACCAUCAGAAGGGCAAUCAUGUUCCUCGAUCCAGCGUCAAAAGAACCAUCUGGAUCGUUUCCCGCUACCAUCGAAAUCUGCAUUUCUCGUCAUUGCAACACUAAACGAAGGAGAAGCUAGAUUUUCAUUGGAGCAAGAACUCAUCAAAAGGGAAAACGAAGAAACAGUCAAACGAUCAACAUCAGCAAGGGAGUCGCAAUGA